UUGCCGGCUUCGCUUGGGCCUCCCCUCGACCUUGGGAGCCGGCCUGACUGCCUUUCCAUCGUCUCGUCAACUCGUCUUCUCGGCCAAACCUGGCAGCUCAGAGAGAAGUCGGGAUCCCUCACUCCUGACCGCUAUAGUCGUCAGCCAAGCCGACGACACUUCUUCGCCUUUUAUCCAUCACCCUCUCAACGCCGCCGCGUCGUCGCAACCGUGCUACGAAUUGCUCUCCAACACAGGCGGUAAAGAAGAGAGUGUGCGAGGCCUCUCCAAAACUCCGCCCAGGACAAGGACUCGAGUCGACGACGGACGACGGACGACGGACGGACGCACGGCUACUCGGAUUCGCGACUACAGUUAGCCAUGCCUCUUGCCUCUAUUCUUCCAGAUUCAGCGUCGGCGGCAACGAGCAAAGAUCAGGGCCCAUCGCCGCCAUCAUCAUCGCAGCAAAAACUGAGCAGCAGCAGCAGUCAUAGCAGCAGCGGCAGCCAAGGGAGGGGCGGAGCCAACGGAGAUCUCAGCCUCUCGCAGCUCCACCUCUCGUCCUCGCCGCCCAACAGUGACUCGCAGCUGAGCAGCCACAUCAACGACCAUCAGCAACCACACGGCAGAAGAGCGGCUUCAGGCUCCUCGUCGUCAGCUACUUCGGCCUCUUCCAGGCCCGCGCCGUUCACAGCUAAUAGUAGGGACAGUCUCAAUACGGCCGCCUACUUCUCUGCGGAGGAAGACAUUGCGGACGAGAGAGUCCUUGAGAGUGUCGAUCAUUCGACGACUUCAGAGACGCCCGCUACUUCUACAUCGCACUCUCAAGAGGGUGCGUCGUCCCCACCAUCAGCAGCAGCAGCAGCGAAAAAGAAGAAGCGCAGAAAGUCGGGCAAAUCGCGACAGAAGGACAUCCCACCGCCCCCAACUGUCAGCCCGCGAAGAACGUCCCUUGGCAAGGCAUCCCUUCUGCACCAAGCUUCGCGCAGCGCCGCCAACGAAGAAGCGUCGUCAUUCAAAGCUGCAGCAGCAGGAGGAGAUCUGUCGGAGCACUCGUCAACGUUUGGUUCUGCGGGAUUGGCCAUCGGAGCACCCUUAGCUGCGGCAGCAGGAGCCUCGUCUGUCCAGACUUUGCCGAGGAAGACGAGCGUAUCGAGCUCAGGGAGACGCACGCCCACAGGGCUGGGCCUUCCGAUGAGCAACCACAAUGAUGUGGCGCCAACGCUGAGCCAAGAAGUUGUCGAGAAGCGUCUGCUGCAGCGAUGGAUCCUGUCGAUCGGCGUCGUCAACUUCGACCUGGAGAAGGGUCCCGACCUCGAGACGCUCUCCCCGCCUCUCGACAUCAGCAGAGAGGAGCGAGACAACAUCGCAUUCUCGUCAUUUCCCGACACGUCCAUCUUUGAUGUGGGAGACACGACGUUCAGCUUCAGAGCAAGAGAGGUGCCACUCGAUGCGUCCGUCUCUUCGCCGCCUCACUUCGCGACGCUACAUCCACCGCGUUUAGCAUCUGCUGUAAACGAUUGCCGUGGACGAGAAGCAUCAGAGCCAGGUGGACUCCUUUCCUCUCAAGGAGGAGCAGCAUCCAACAGCUCGUCAGCAUCAUCCAUCAUCCCACCGCACGAUCAGCAACAGACAGCAAGCAAGAGCAUCCAGCGCUCAGCCAGCGUGAGUGACUUUGGGAGCACCAGCGCUAGCACCGUAGCCCCCGCAACACCGCAAGCAAGCAGCGCGCGAGGAGUUGCAGCUCCUGCAAGCAGCACCAAGAUUUCGAACAGCUCCUCCUCGUCCUACAUCUACGGCUACGUGUUUUUUCGACAGAAACGCGAUCCUGCAAUUCGAAGAGGGUACUUCCAGAAGUCCCUCGUCAUCCUCUCGCACCUGCCCUAUGUGGCCCUCUUUACCGACAUCGUGACCAAGCUCGGCCCGCUCUACUUUGAGCACGGAGACCCAAUACUCGAGGCCUUCAGCGGUGCGGUGACCAAGUGGCCCAAUCCCGCGCCUGGAGCUACGCUGCCUCUGCCACUGUUUGGGGCGCAGCUUUGGGUUGCGUUACCGCUGGGUAGGCAGGGACAAAGUGCAGCAAGUGAUGCGAGCCAGCCAGGAUUGUCGAGCAGCGCUUCGUCUGCUUCGCUACGGGAGCGAGCUGCGACGCCUACCUUGCCAAGGUCAGCGACUACCACCGCUGCCAGUAGCAGUGGCGGCAGCAACAGCAGCAAUGCCGGCGGCGAGCCCGGAUCAAGCGAAGAGUCACCAAUUUUGGCCUCCAUCCCCUCCACCCCGCUCAUCUCCGUCUUCAAAGAAGCCCUCGCCGACCUCUGGCUCAUAUGGGAAUGUGUCCUCCUCGCCGAGCCCAUCCUCGUCAUAGGCCCUUCCCCACAGAUCUGCAGCGAGGCAGUCUGGCAUCUCUUGGACAUCUGUCGCCCUAUCCCUCAUGCGGGGGAUUUCAGGCCCUUCUUCACUAUCCACGACUAUGACUUCAAGAAUCUGGCGACGCGCAAGCAACCACCUGCGGGCACGAUCAUUGGAUGCACGAACCCUUUCCUUGCGCAGGCGUGUGCGCAUUGGCCUCACGUCUUGAGAGUGGGAAAGGCGGCUGUCAAGCUAGGCACGGCGGGCAAGUACGGGAAGGCGGGCGAUGUCAAGCCUCCCAUGGGCGGAGGCGUCGCGGGAGGCACGGGCGCAGGAGGUGGGGGGCCGCAGCAUUUGCCCGGCUUCGAGACGAAGAAGAAGCGGAGGGUCAGCAAGGACAGGCCAAUGCUUAAGCGGGUUCUCGAGUUGGUCGACAAGGAGGACAACCCGCAGCUCGCUAAUACGGUGCUGCGUCGCUAUCUUGCAGACAUCACGGAGCGCUUCCUCGCCCCGCUGAAUCGGUACGUCUCGUCCCUCAUCCCGGCAACUCAGCGUCCGGUGGACCGAUCGCAAAUCAAGCCCUUCAACACGGACGAUUUCCUUGCGUCUCUGAAGGCUCAUGGUACGCCACUUUUGCUGAGGAGCAGGUCGCUGCCCACGGGAGCAGGGGUGAGGCAAGGGCUUUACCUGGACUUCUUGAGGAGCCCCAACUUUAGCUACUACUUGACGGAGAGGAUCACCUACUUUUGUACUUUGAAUCCUGUUCCGUCGAGUAGGAAGACGAGAUUUGAGGAGGGAGGACGAGGCUAGAGGACUAAGAAUGGGCAGCCAUGGCGCUGUGGGUACAACAACACCUUUCGAUGGCAACCUCGUUCGAUUGGACUCCUCUCGAGAUGCUACGUUUCACCUCUCCUCCGCGAAUCUUUCCCUCCUCCUUCAUCUACUCGUGUCCCGUCUAAUUCAAAUUGAUACCAUCGAGCGC